AUGACAGCCGCAUCUCCACUGUGGCUGCUGCUCCUCUGGGUCUGCUUCUACCAUGGAAUCUCGGCUGCAUCCCCUCGUAUGCAUCCUGGAGCCGCCCGACGUCGAGCUCAACAGCAGCAACAGCAACAGCAACAAUUAGAUGCAUACCCCAACAAUCUGCCCAAUUCCACGCAAGCAUUGCGACGCGCCCUUUUGGUGAAUUACGAUCGUCGCAGUUUUCCCUUUGAAAGCGUGUGGCGGCAAGAUCAGCAAGAAGAGCGAUCCGGGUUACCCGUGGACGUUGGAUUGAAUUUCCAUCGCGUACUCAAAGUGGACGUGACAUCGUCCGUGGCCGACUUGAUAGUCUGGGUCCGUCAGGAAUGGACGGAUCCUCGGUUGCGAUGGAAUCCCGCCGACUACAACAAUUUGACGACACUCCAUGUAUGGGUGGGUGGGGAUGGCAGUGGUGUCGGUGGCGAAACGAGUGAAAUCUGGACACCGGAUUUGCAACUGUGGAAUUUGGAAGUGCCGUUGGAAGAGUCCUUGGCCAGCGCGUCGGCGCUGGUGAGUUCGAAUGGACGCGUCUUUUGGAGUCGACCGGGACACGUGCGACCCGUCUGCAAAUUUCGUGGACUGGACGACUUUCCCUUUGAUACUCUGGAAUGCACCUUGGAAAUCGGAUCCUGGGCGUACACGGGGCUCUACAUUCGACCGCUCAAAAUGGAGCAAGGAUUCACCAUUGGAGGAUCGGAAACGGCUGGAGAAUCCUAUGCCGAAUUUACACUCCGUGAUGUGCACUGCGAGGCGUACACGUAUCCACCGUUUCCUGGAGCCCCGGAAGAGGAUUGGCCCGUCUUGCACUAUCAUUUGGCAUUUUCGCGUUCCUGGCAACCGUACGCUCGUGGCUAUCUCAUUCUACAAGUGACACUUAAUUUGGUCGCCUUUACGGCGUUUUGGUUGCCACCUCAUAUUGGGGAACGCAUGGGACUCUCCAUUACGGCCAUGUUGGCCGCCGUGGCGUCGGAACUGGUCGUCGCCGCCAAUGUUCCGGCGGCGGCCGAACUCACGUGGUUUGCCAAGUUUUCUUUGAUCUCGCUGUUCUUUUCGGCGUUGGCAUUGAUGGUAUCUGCCGCUGUCAUUUAUUUUCAUUAUCAUACCGGGGAUGAUCUCGUACCGCGGUGGGUCCGAUGGAUCCAACAACGGGUAUUACAAUCACGCAACAACAACAACAACAACAACAAGGAGAUGCGGUUUUCGUUGCCACCCGAACGUUAUCAUCAUCAAAGUCAAGUCAAAUUUGCACAAUGCCAAGACGCAUCCGCAUCCUCCUUAUCCGAAGCAAAAAGGGAAGAGCCAAUCUGCUGCAAGUCGGACGAGGACGACGACGACGAAGGUUCUGUGGUUGUGGAAUUUGUUGAAGUCGAUGACGAAAGUCAAAACAAAUUAUUUGCAUCCUCCUUACUAUCCGAGGAAAAGAAGGAAGAUAAUCUACUAGUAGAGCCAAUCUGCAAGUCGGACGACGACGAAGGUUCUGUGGUUGUGGAAUUUGAAGCAGAUGAUGAUGAUAUUGAUGCAGAUGAUAUUGAUGACGGCGAUGAUGACGACAAUGUAAACAACGACAACAGCAACAACAACCUUGAAACUAUUGUGGGUGAUGUCCACAACCGGCGUCAGAGGUAUCGCAGCCGGCGGGAUAGCACCAUUAGUUUCCGAGCUUCGACGCGGACCAGAAAAUCCAUCAAAACCACAAUGGGUCGCGAUGCCGAUGACUUUAAGAAUUUGCACGAAAUGAAAAACAACUGGAGAUGGCAACAAGUGGCUCGUGCCAUUGACGACGCGGCACGAGUACUUUUCCCCUUCGCUUAUGCCAUUGCCCUCUCGGUUGUAUUGGCCAAGGCAGAGAGCUGGUAA